AUGUCGACAUCAGAAGCGGGCUCCACCGCCGAAAGCUCAGCUUCAGAACUAUUUUCGCUAAUUCUCGAAGCCCGAGUCGUCCUCCACAAGGACGUAUCCGCGACACCGACCGAAGUAUACGAGAGCGUGAAAAGUUUGAGAGACGGCAGAUCCAAAGGCAACAAUAAUCUCCUCAGAGAGAUAAGGGCUCAACUCCUGGAGCUUGUGCAACACUUCAAGUCUUUUCGAUCGAAAUACGAGGCGGUACUGGAACCAGAUAUCACUUCCUUUGCGCCAAGAGAGGCAGAAGCUGCACGCCAAUGCAGGUUGUACCUGGGCAUGGACGAGCGCAUCGCGCUUGAAGCGGCCACGUUGUUCCGCAAAUACCUGGAGCAUAAGUGUCAAGAGGGGGAUGGUGUCCGGAGGAUACUUCCGCUAGAGCAGGAAGUGCGGCAAGUUGAUGCACUGCUAAGCAUCCAUGACGAGAAUUCGGGGGAUGCGUAA